AUGACCAAUCUCGCAUCAAUAUACCAGGAUCAAGGACAAUGGAAGGAAGCAGAGGAGCUACAGAUACAGGUAAUAGAGGCCCAGAAACAGGUGCUGGGACCAGAGCAUCCUGGCACUCUGACCAGCAUGGAUAAUCUGGCAUCCGCAAUUAUGUGCCAGGGACGAGUUGAUGAGGCGAAGAAGAUGCUGAUACAUGUAUCAGAAGUGCGUAAGCGAGUGAGUAGAACCGACCACUCUCAAUUGCAAACUUCUCCAGCCAAAGCAGCUUCUAUGUCUGAAGGCCAGGAAUCGUCAUCUCGACAGGCAGAGUCUAGCUUUGGAGGUACGACUCUGGUGGAGACGAAAGAUGAAAUUAUGCUUGGAUUAAAGCCAACACUUCCGUUGGAUCGAAUGACUUCGGAUACAAUUGAAGAUGAGGACUGCAUAUCCGUGGAAUCAAAUGACGAUGAUAUCGCCUCGCAGACUGCGACGAAAAGGACCGAGCCAGAGAUCUUAGCCGCCCGACACUUCGGAUUGUUCUUGGCAGAACUGAAAGAAUUGCGCCCAUUGCAUGAAGAAGCCCUCAAGAAAUUAGGUGUGGAACGUUUCCGGGAGAAUUACCGCAGAAUCCUCAAGUUCUAUGUCCUGAAACUGCGCAAUGAAGCGUACAGUCCUAUUGAAAAGGACAUCGUUAGGGUAUUCAAAUCUCGAUUGAACCGUAUCAACAUAGCAGAGCGGAUAUUGUCUCUUAUUCAAGAGGAGAAAGAGAACAGCACAAAACCGUUAGAUGGGUUGAUUUCUCAGCCGGUCGAAAAACAGUCACUUGAAGCCUGGGCAAGCAAUGCAUACGGGCAGCCAACUACAGAUACCACAUUUAAUACUGAAUUUGAAGAUCCGGAGCAAUCCAAUGAUGAAGGCGACAAUGAAGACACUGACGACGAUGACUGCCUUGAAGAGUUACAGUUUCCUAAAUUGACCCAUGCUGACAGUUUCUUGCGUCGAGGUUUACCGUUCCGAACACUAGUUCUCGAACUUAGGCUAUUAGUUCUACCGGCGUCCUUGAGGGAAGUGUUGGAGUCCAUUCCAAAAUGUUCAAUUCAAAUCUCAGAUACAGACGACUCCUCACUUAUGAACAUGGCUAAGGCGUCAAUUGAGGAUUACACCGGCUUCGAGUGGGAUUGGUGGCCUCUGACUCCUCGAGUACCCAAAUUAUCACGAGGUAGACUGCAUCUUCAAUGGACUGUGAGUAAAUGUCUCAAUUACGAUCAUGCUGUUAGUCAGGUCAUGACCAUUCAUAGUUUUGUGGAGAAACGCUGUAUAGAGAAAUAUAUCCAGAAGAUGCCGAUUCCAUACGGCAUAUUCUGGAAAUAA